AUGGACUCGCGGAUAUCUCAUCCAGUGCACGCGCUGGUUGGCCCAGCACUGGAUUACGGUAGCAUAUAUGCAAAACAUGAUCCAAUUAGCGAUGGAGCACAAUUGGAAAAAGAAUUUCUCUAUAAUACCUAUGUUAGCAAACAAAAGAGGUGGGAGUUGGCCCGAACCCUCGGUCUGACCGAACGACAAGUGAAGAUUUGGUUCCAGAACCGACGAAUGAAGGACAAAAAAGUGAAACAACGUGCCACAGUCGAUGGAGGUGGUUGUGUGAUGAUGCUGAAAGAAGAAUAA